AUGUAUACUCCUGCUCGAAGCGCAAGUGCCAGAGGCUACAGUAAUCAAUCCAAGCCAGAUAGAGACGCAGACGCAAACGGCACAAUGAAAGCGCUCAUCUACCAAGGCAGCAACAAAUGCGCUCUCCAAGACCGCCCACUCCCUAACUUGCUCUCGCCCACCGACGCCGUCGUCAAAAUGCUACACACGACCAUAUGCGGCACAGACCUGCACAUCCUCCGCGGCGAAGUGCCCACCGUCGAGACGGGCCUCGUGCUCGGCCACGAGGGCAUCGGGAGCAUCGAGGCCCUCGGCUCCGCUGUCCCCGCGGAGGAUCUCUUCGUUGGCGACCUGGUCCUCAUCUCCUGCAUCACCGCCUGCGGCGUGUGCGGCCCAUGCCGCGGGGGGCUCCCUUCGCACUGCGCCAGCGGCGGCGGGUGGGUACUGGGGAACGCCAUUGACGGCACGCAGGCCGAGUACGUGCGGAUUCCACACGCGGCAUGCUCACUGCAUAAGCUGCCCACGAACAUCAACACGCACGCCGCCAUAUGCCUCUCCGACACCCUGCCCACGGGCUACGAGUGCGGGACGCUCAACGCGAACGUCCAACCGGGCAGCACAGUCGCGAUUGUCGGCGCGGGCCCCGUGGGGCUGGCCGCGAUGCUCACGGCGAAGCUGUACAGCCCGUCUCUGACGGUCGUCAUUGACAGGGACGAGGCGCGGCUGGAGCUCGCGAAGCAGCUGGGGGCUGAUGAGGUCGUCAACCCUGCGAGCGGCGACGCGAUGGAGAGGCUGGACGCGCUGUCUGGCGAGCAUGGGUUCCAGUCCGUGAUUGAGGCUGUGGGACGGCCGACAACGUUUGAGCUGUGCCAGACGCUUGUUGCGCCCGGGGGUUUCAUUGCCAAUGUGGGUGUGCACGGACAGAGAGCCCCAUUGGCGCUCGAUCGGCUGUGGGAUCAUAAUCUCACUAUACGGACACGACUGGUGGACACAGUCACUAUCCCAACCCUUCUACGCCUGUAUCAAGCCCACAAGAUCAAUCCAGCCCCGCUCGUGACGCAUAGUUUUCCGUUCCGCGAGAUCGUGAAGGCAUACGAGACCCUCCAAAAGCCGUCCACGGGAGUGCUGAAAGUUGGGAUUGAGUUUUGA